AUGGCGAUGCAGCAACGAAGUCCGGUCACCGUUGAGAGGGGCGUUAUCACUCGAACUCUGGGCGACACCAUACACGUAUGGCCGCUGAAAACCGAACAGAGAAAGGAAAUUAUUUUCCAAGAUAAAAGACACUUACCGACGCAAUAUCUCAAAGUUGGCGAAUGGGUAGAGAUGGAGAUGCGAAAUGGCGUCGUGGUUUAUCGCGAGAAAAUUGAGCCCAGGCUGCCGACUUACGUAACAGCACUGAUGAUGGGCUAUUCGGAUGAUCUGGGACGAGUGGCCAUUUUGUUUAAAUGCCCCGACCUGAAGCCCCAAUUUUCAUAUGAUGUUUGGGUGGCAAGGUACAACUUCCACUGGUGCCUCGUUCGACAGACUCUCAUUCCGGUGCAGCAGGAUGUCGUCAGCAGGCCGCCGGCUUCCAUUACAUCAACGGCUGCUCCCCGGGAAGAUGAGCUGAACAGCACUCUCACUGAAAAUACUUCUGCCUCAGAGUACGAUUUCGCAUAUGCACUGAGAUUCAAUGAUAUGGCAUUGCGAAGACUGUACAGCCACCAGAGCAUUCGCGAAGCAGUCUAUCAACAUAGCCCUGAAUUUGCGCAUUCCAUCGAGGAUUAUCUGAGAUCACAUGGGACCUGA